AAUCUAAGCCCAUAAGUUUCUCUAUUCGAACAUAUAUCCGGCCCAUCAACUUAAAAGAAAUGGAUUUUCAAGAGGCCCAACAGUUGAUUGCCAGACAUUUUCAACGACCAGCAGUUUGCUUUCUUCUCCGGCACACACGAAGGCGGGUGACAAAGAGAUGAGGUUUCUAUAAAUUGAUCUUAUACAUGGAGGAGAGCCAUGGCAUUUGCUAGCUUUAAUGGCUCUCUCAAACAGAUAUGAGGAGGUGUUCUGGUUUUGUUUCCGUGAUAAAGCACACGUCAUUCUUUUCCUAUUCAACUAAUUCUGCAGUCGAAAAGCUUUCUUGUGUUCCUUUAAGUGCUGCGAGACCCUUUCCAGAUUAUUCGCCUAAAAGACCUUCCAUUAGAGACUCUGAACUUGUGCAGCACAUAUCAACUUCUAUUAAGCAACGCUAUUCCGAGCACAUUCGGCAUGUUUUAAAGCCCUUUGAAUCAAAAAUCAGAUCUGAUCACAUUAUUUGGGUUCUCAUUACCGUAAAGAACGAUUACAAACUGGUUCUAGAUUUCUUUGAUUGGUGGUGUCAACGGAGGGACCCGUCAAUUGAGGUCCGUUGUAUUAUUGUACAUAUUGCUGCUGCUCAAAAAGAUGCAAGGACAGCACAUAGGCUUAUUCGUGAUUUUUGGGCAAGACCCAGUGUAGAUGUGACAGUUUGUUUCUCCCAGUUUGUUGAAAAAUUAAUAUAUACUUAUAAGGAUUGGGGUUCUAAUCCAUUUGUUUUCGAUAUUUUCUUCCAAGUACUUGUUGAGUUGGGAACUCUAGAUUAUGGAAGAAAACUUUUCGAUAAAAUGUUGCACUAUGGCUUAGUUCUAUCUGUCUCUUCAUGUAACUUAUUCCUUUCACGUCUCUCGCAUGAGAUUGAGGGGCACAAAAUGAUGCUAAAAGUCUUUAAUGAGUUUUCUGAAGUGGGUGUUUGCUGGGAUAAUGAAUCUCAUAAUAUAAUGAUCCAUUCUCUUUGUCGGGUAGGGAAAGUUAAAGAAGCUCAUAACUUACUCCUGCAAAUGGAGCUGCGGGGCUGUAUGCCCGAUGUUGUAAGUUACAGCACUGUGAUUAAUGGAUACUGUGCCACUGGACAGCUUGAACCAGUGUUGAAGAUUAUCCAAGAAAUGCAAGUAAAAGGAUUGAAGCCAAAUGCAUUUACUUUUAACAGUAUAAUUCUUCUUUUGUCUAAGACUGGCAAAGUGCUUGAUGCUGAGAAAAUCCUGAGGGAGAUGACUUCCCAGGGAAUUGCUCCAGAUAAUGUUGUUUACACAACUCUUAUAGAUGGCUUCUGCAAAACUGGGAACAUAAGUGCUGCAUACAGACUAUUCAAUGAGAUGCAAUGUUUUAACAUUAGUCCUGAUUUGAUAACAUAUACUGCCCUUAUUUCUGGUCUGUGUCAAACUGGAAAUAUUGCAGAAGCAGAUAAGCUUUUGAAUGAUAUGCUUGACUGGGGGUUAGAACCUGACGAGUUCAUUUAUACAACACUUAUUGAUGGUUAUUGCAAGGCAGGGGAGAUAAGGGCAGCCUUUUCUCUUCACAACAAAAUGGUUCAGAUGCAGUUGGUGCCAAAUAUUGUGACGUACACUACACUGGUAGAUGGGCUCUGUAAACUAGGGGAACUUGAUACAGCAAACGAACUUCUCCACGAGAUGUGUGGAAAAGGUCUUGAACUGAAUAUCUACACGUACAACUCACUUGUUAAUGGUCUUUGUAAAGCUGGAGAUGUAAAGCAAGCGAUAAAGUUGAUGGAAGAUAUGGAAGCUGCUGGGAUCCAUCCUGAUGCUUUUACUUAUACUACUCUAAUGGAUGCUUAUUGCAAAUUUGGAGAGAUGGACAAGGCUCAUGGACUAUUACGUCAAAUGUUGCUCAGAGGACUCCAACCCACAAUAGUUACAUUCAACGUUCUGAUGAGUGGCUUUUGUAUGUCAGGGAUGCUAGAAGAGGGUGAUAAAUUGUUGAAGUGGAUGUUGGAGAAGGGAAUAAUACCAAACGCUACUACCUACAAUUCUCUUAUGAAGCAGUAUAGCGUGCGAAAUGAUAUGCGUACGACGUCAGAAAUUUAUAAGGGGAUGCUGGGCCAAGGAGUUGUACCAAAUGCCAAUACCUUUAACAUAUUGAUACGAGGACAUUGCAAAGCUAGAAAUAUGAAAGAGGCUUGGUUUUUGCACAAGGAAAUGAUCAAGAAGGGAUUUACUCCCACAUUAGAUACUUAUCAUGCACUCAUCAAGGGGUUUUUAAAGAGGAAAAAGUAUUCUGAGGCCAAAGAAAUGUUUGAAGAAAUGAGAAGACAUGGUUUAUUGGCAGAUAAAGAGCUCUACUCCAUCUUUACAGAUAUGAACUAUGAACAAGGGAACUUUGAUUUGGCACUUGAGCUUUGUGAUGAAGCAGUAGAAAAGUGUCUUGCAGACAAGAAUGAUAACAGGACUACGUGAUGGUUCUCAUGUUGCUAGUUUUGAAACUAGUGAUGGAAAACCAGUUGUCUUGCUCCCCAUGAUGCUAAGCCUUUUUGUGCUGUCAAGUCAGUUCAAGUUGUUACUCUUUUAAGUCAUCAGAUAAUCUUUUGAAACAGGUGAGUUUAUUAUACUUGGUAAUUGCGUAUUUUUACUCACUUCCAUUUCUUCAAGGAACUAAAGCUGAGUAAAGUUUUAGAUGCAUGCUGCAAUUUAGCAUUUCAGUGCACUUUUGCUCUCUUUGCUUCGCUUAGAUUUGUACCAUGCGAUGCCGUUAGGUGAAAGGAGGACUGAUGAUCACCUUUAAACAAGCCUGCUUGGAUCGGAAAGAAGCACGAAAGCUAGGGUACAGAACUUUAAAUGGACUUGCACGUUGUUGUGGUAUCCUUUGAUUUUGGUGGAUUUUGGGCGAGUAGGGGUGGGGUGGGAAGUUCUCUGGUGUCGAGUAUGUAAAGCCAGUUCCAAGGCGCAGCAUUAUUAAACCUAUAUUCGAUGUUCAUAGCUGCUGAAGUGCUAGUGAUUUGAUCUAACUUUCUUCAUGAAUCUGUUGCUGUGGGCUUGGAGUUCUACUGCAAUGAAGUAAACUACAGUAUAACACCCAAGAUUGCCCAUCCGUCUGUGAAUUUGGAUAAAGAUACCAGUAGAUUGUGCUUUUCUAAGCUUGUAAUAAAUGUCAAAAAGCACCUGAAGACUAGGAGAAGAUCCAUGAAAGGCUAUUGUUUUGAUAUGUGGAAUUAGUGGUUCAAGGAGUGCAUGAUUGUUUAACCUGGUUGAAUCUGUUGAAGGGGGUUAUAUGAUAUUCAAUUGCUAUUUCUUGAUAUGUAUGAAAUUUUUCAAUUAGCUCAUACGGUUUGCUAACUAUGCCAUAGACCUGGUGGUAUCAGUUUCAGGAGAACUAAAUUGUAUUUCAUGCAAUCAAUUUAACUUCCAAUUUAAGUCAAAAGCAGUAGUAAUCAAAUAUCUGUUCUGCUCAAUUUUUUUUUUCAACCACAAUCUCCACUGAAGCUAAGUAAAUUCUUUGGCAAGGAAAUUGUUGUUGCUUUGAGGUAGCUUUGCUGUUUUAUUCUUUUAUUAAUCUGAUGAUCUAAUUCUUCAUCAAAUAUUAAUGUUAUGAUCUAAUUAAAAGGUUGUAUGCAUUGUAUGAUAUGCUAUGCUUCUGUGGUUGAGGUCUCGCGGUAUUUAAAAUAACAAGGACAAUAUGUGUGCUUUCAGAGUUGGUCAUGGGCUUUAUCUUAAGAGUUGCUUUCUCUGUUUGGCGACAAGAUACAAUUGCUCCAAUACAAACUGUAGUUUGUAUAUUAGUAUAAUGGUGAUCUCAUAAUCACACUGCAUAACUACAAGAUGAAGCUAGUCAAAAGCAGCAGACAGUAAAGAACAAGGGCCGUGCAAUGAUCUGCUUUAGCAAUAUGGCUAUCUGAAGGUGCAGAGGGACUUGGGCCCUCAGCAGUCCUCGCUGUCUCCUUCGAGCAGGUGUAGUUGCAGCGACUUGGACGAACCACUCUGUAUACACCGGUGCUUGUUAAAACAUAGGGAUCCUUCCUGUUAUCCUGUCCAAAUGAGAAUAUGUAACCUAAAGCAGGCAAUGGACUAUUGGGGACUGAGCUGCAGUUGAGAGGGGAAUCAUGAGCACAACUGAACGGUAUGCCUCUUGUUGUAAAGUUCCCACUGUUAUACGGUUUUUCUUGAGCUGCCCAAAAGUUCUUAGCAUACAAAUCUCCAUAAAGGGAUCAGUCUUGGAGCGAUAAACAUAGCCACCUGAUAUGGCUGCAGAUCCGACCUCUUUAUUUACUUCAGAAUGGCUGUAUCCUAACACUGGGAAGAUGGGAUCCACAAAAUCAUCAGCUGAAGCAUUUUUAAAGCGGAAAGGACCUUCAUACAUGUUCCAUCCAUAAUUUCCCCCUUUCGUGAUGAUGUCAACUUCUUCAUAAUGAUCCUGCAUGAUUCAAUGAUUGUCAGAAACUCGGGAACAACAUACAAGUCAGCAUGUUACGGA